AUGGCAUCAUUAAUAGUGCAAAUACAUAAGCUGCAAAACCCUAUGCCGCAGUAUGUACUCGGUACACUUCCAAUAUUGGCAAUAGUAGCAGCGACUCCUAAAACAACUUUAAUGAAAAAGUUAUUAUGGUUUGCACGGUCUCUUGGGACUCCUUUCUUCGGAUUAUUUUACUUUUGCAACAUAGAUUGCGAACACAUUGAAAUGUGUUCGUACUGGCUUGAAGCAGAAGAUUUUAUCUGUACCUGGGAUGAUAAUAACAGUAAAGUGGUAGAAGAAGGAGAAACUAAAGGCAUGAUACGUAACUGGCCUUUCGGGCAUCAUGCUAUGUCGAUUAAGCCUACAGACUCGCAGAAAAAUAUUAUGAAAGAUUGGGUCUCAGAAGCAUCAUUAUUAGAUAGAUUGUCAUCGCUAUCUUCUUUAUAUUACAUGUCGGUUGGCAUUUAUGCCGGAAUUUCUAAAGCAUUAAGUCCAUGUAUUGAUUAUGAUUCAGUCGAGGAUUGGCCAUUUAUCCCCUUAUUAUUCAUCUGGACAUUACCGGUAAUUUAUAUCAGAUUAAAACAUGGAAAAGUUGUAAACAUGGUGAAAUCAAAACGUUUAAACGGUAAACUACAAAUAGUUCAUGAUUUAGACAAAAGAAUGACUAGUAGUACUCUCACUGCGAUUAUUGCUCUUAUUUCAGUUUUACUUCCGUGGUUUGCAGUGAUUAUAGCUUACUUUGUCCCCCCAGUAGGAUUUUAUUGUCGUAGUAAAUUUUUGGCUAUAAUUUGUGCUAUUUGGUCUUUAAAUAGCAUCAUUGCAUAUGUAAGUCACGUAAGAGGAGAAAAGAGUGCGUAUGGCCCCGUUUCACUUAAUAUAUUAUAUACUAUUAGUGGUGUAGUGGUAGCAAUAAGUUUAAUUUUUUUAAGUAUAUUAUCCAACAAUAUUUCAUUAUGGAUAUCUUUAUUUGGCCCUUCUUGUGAUGUUUCAUGUUAA